GGCGCCGCGGGCCGACGGGCUGACGGGCGGGCUGGCGGCGGCGGGAGGGCCGGGCCCUGGGCUGCGGCGGCCGCUGGAGGAGGCGCCAUGGAGGCCGAGCCGGCUCCGGAGCGCGCCGGCCCGAGCGGGGCGCCCGACGAGGACGCGAGGGCCCUGGACGAGUUCGUGGCCCUGCACGGCCCCGCGCUGCGCGCCUCUGGGGUCCCCGAGCGGUACUGGGGCCGCCUCCUGCACAAGCUGGAGCACGAGGUUUUCGAUGCAGGGGACUGGUUUGGAAUAAUGCAAGUGGAAGAGGCAGAGGAAGAGGAGGAUGAGGCGGCGCAGGAGGUGCGGAGGAAGCAGCCCAACCCGGGCAGCGAGAUGUGCUACAAGGUCAUUGUGACCAGUGAGAACGGGCUCCAGGCUGCUGACCCCAACAGCAUCUUCCUCAUUGACCACGCCUGGACGUGCCGCGUGCAGCACGCCCGCCAGCAGCUGCAGCAGGUGCCAGGGCUGCUGCACCGCAUGGCCAGCCUGAUGGGUGUCGAUUUCCAUGGCGAGCUGCCCAGCACGGAGGCCGUGGCCCUGGUGCUGGAGGAGAUGUGGAAGUUCAACCAGACCUACCAGCUGGCCCACGGGACCUCCGAGGAGAAGGUGCCAGUGUGGUACAUCAUGGACGAGUUUGGCUCACGGAUCCAGCACGCGGACGUUCCCAGCUUUGCCACUGCUCCCUUCCUCUACAUGCCCCAGCAAGUGGCCUACACGCUGCUGUGGCCCCUGCGGGACCUGGACACAGGCGAGGAAGUGACCCGGGACUUUGCCUAUGGAGAGACAGACCCCCUGAUCCGGAAGUGCGUGCUGCUGCCCUGGGUCCCCGCCGAUCUGCUGGACCUCAGCUACUCCACGCCUGAGCCACCUGCCGGCUACUACCAGGCCAUCCUGGAAGAAAACAAGGAGAAACUGCCACUACCCAUCAGCCCAACAGCGCGUCCCAGUGACCACAUCUUCAAGGUCUACACUGAUGUGCAGCAGGUCCUCAGCCACCUCUCCCACCCCCGCUUCGUCUUCACCCAGAGCGAGGCCGACGCCGACAUCCUGUACAACUUCUCCCACUUCAAGGAUUACAGGAAGCUGAGCCAGGAGCGGCCAGAGGUGCUGCUGAAUCAGUUCCCCUGUGAGAACCUGCUGACGGUGAAGGACUGCCUGGCCUCCAUCGCACGCCGGGCUGGGGGCUCCGAAGGGCCCCCCUGGCUGCCCCGUACCUUCAACCUGCGCACAGAGCUGCCCCAGUUUAUCAGCUACUUCCAGCAACGGGAGAGGCGGGGCGAAGACAACCACUGGAUCUGCAAGCCCUGGAACCUGGCCCGCAGCCUGGACACACACAUCACCAGGAGCCUGUGCAGCAUCAUCCGGCACCGGGAGAGCACCCCCAAGGUGGUGUCCAAGUACAUCGAGAGCCCCGUCCUGUUCCUACGAGAAGAUGUGGGCAAGGUCAAGUUCGACAUCCGCUAUGUGGUGCUGCUACGGGCCGUGCAGCCCCUUACCCUAUUUGUGUACAACGUUUUCUGGCUGCGCUUCUCCAACCGGCCCUUCGCCCUCGACGACCUGGAUGACUACGAGAAACAUUUCACUGUCAUGAACUACGCCCCAAAUGUGGUGCUUAAGCAGGUGCACUACGACGAGUUCAUCCCUGAGUUUGAGAAACAAUACCCAGAGUUCCCCUGGAGUGGUGUCCAGGCCGAGAUCUUCCAGGCCCUCAGGGAGCUGUUCCAGAUGGCGUGUGCCCGGCCCCCGCCCAUGGGCCUCUGCGACUACCCCUCCUCGCGGGCUGUCUACGCCGUCGACCUCAUGCUCAAGUGGGGCAGCCAGGCAGAUGGGCGGCAAGUGAUGCGGCCACAGAUCCUGGAGGUGAACUUCAACCCAGACUGCGAGCGGGCCUGCAGGUACCACCCCAGCUUCUUCAACGAUGUCUUCAGCACCUUGUUUCUGGACCAACCCAGUGAUUGCCAUGUUACCCGCCUGCUCUAGGCGCUGGCAGCCAGGGUCCCAGCCCUCCCACCUCUCCUCUCUGCCCCUUCUCUGGAGCCCUCAGCCCUGCUGUACACCCUGGGGGUGCAGGGUCCUCCCCUGGGCAGCUGAGCUGCUUCCAGGCCUACAGUCCCCAGCUCAGCCGAGGACUCUGUUCUGGAUGCCAGUAGAGGCUGUGUUGGCAGGUACCCCUGGGAGGCGCGGAGCACUCUAUGGGACAGGCAGGCCAGCCCAGCUCUUCUGGCAUCCUCUUUGGUGCAUUGCUACCCCGGGUUCUGUGGCAU